GCAUACUCAAGUGAGCACUUUCCUGGACACAUCUGACCUCUUUUACUGCCCGACGUUCCGUAGGAAAGGCACGGACAGGCAGGAAGGAAUCUCUUAGUUAUAAGCCAGAAGGAGAGGGAGGGAAAAGGACUUGUGGGGGCUGCGUGCAUGCAGCGUAUGCUUUCAGGUCUCAGAUUACCUCUGGCACUGCUGUUGGCAGAACAGAGUUCCCCUUGGGUUUCCUUGGUGCCAUUCCUCCAUCUUUCCCUUUCCCUCUCGUUCUCUGUGUGGCCAUCACGAUCCCUCUAUGCAGGCACUGAUCAGAUGUCCCACCGCCAGAUCCUUAGCAUGGCGGCACACACGUGGAGGAGGGCGAGGAGGAGGAGGAGCAGUUUUGCUGCGGUGGGGCGCAACGACAGAGAGAUUAAGUAACGCCGUUGGAGGCAGGGGCACAUCCACAGAGAGACUGCGAAGUAACAGCGUGGGAGGCACAACCAAAUAUGUAUAUGAAUGCCGGAGACGAACAACAGUUUUGCCUAUUAACAGCGAACCGAUCCGUCAAAGUGCCGAGUUCGGCGGCUUCCCAAGGCUGCCGUCGCAAAUUCCGCAGAGGUCGUCAGUCUGGCAGUCGUCAGAGUUUCCGUCCUUCAGUCCGAUCAGAGAUUUCAACAGCGGCAGCAGGAGCAGGAUCAUAGCUCACAUCAGCAACAGGAGCAGGCAGAGACGUGGUCGCGCCAGCGCAGCACACACAUCCUGGUCAAAGGCAAAUGGUCUUGCAGCAAAUGGAAUUCGAAUUGUUAUCGUCGACUUCGAUGAAACGUGCACAGAGGAAGACACCUCAUUCAUUUUGGCGAAAGCAGCCAUACGAGUGGCGGAAAGGGAUGGCGAUCCGUGUGUCAGCGAUGGCGGGAGUUCCGGGACUGGUUGGGUCGGCAAGUCUGCAGACGACAAGUGGAAUCAUUGGGUGGCAAUGUGGACACAGUAUGAGCAGCAGUAUAAUGAAGCAGUCUCUGCUGCACUGGAUAAGGCGCUAGGGUCCUUGGGUCCGGGUAAUUUCUCCUCACAACCGACUGUUGAGUGGAGUGGUGAUCGAAGGCGGCAAGCACUGAAGGUGUUCUCGAAAGAAAUUGGAAAGUUCCUGGAUAACUCUGUAGAAGUUAUGGCAGAAGACAAGUUGCUGGCGGGCAUUCGCCUCGGAGCGGUUUCAGAGGAGGUGGCUAUGCUUAGCAGUACCUCUCUGCUACGGGCUGGCUGCACCGAGACGCUACACAAACUGGUCGAUAAGGGCAUUCCCGUCCAAAUUGCGUCUCUGAACUGGUCCAAGGAGUUGAUCCAAGCCGUGCUCGGGCUUGAGGGAAUCGAAGUCCAUGCGAAUGAGCUCGAUUAUGAAGACGGGGUGUCGACAGGAGUGAUCAAAGGCGAUCUAAACACUCCUGAGGAAAAGGAUGCAGUUGUUGAGUCAAUUGUAAGAUCAGCGUUGCAGACUGCAGAAUGUGACGGACAGAGUGGGGAGCAGGGGUCUGAAGGACUGGUGGUUUUCAUUGGCGACAGUACGUUCGAUAUCCUUGCGUUAUCAAAAGCCGAUGCCGGCAUCAUCAUAGGAGAUAAUCAAGGGCUUAAGAGAGUGAUCGAGGCUUUCGGAUUUCAGGUGCGGCCAUUGUCGGAUGCUUGCAAGGAAAUUAGGAACAGCCUGGAUAUGGCGAUGACAGGGAGCAGUAAGGGAGGGAUGGGGAAACAGGUGGGAACGACCUGGCGCACCGCCGAAAGUGGAAUCCUGUACAAGAUUCACAACUGGGCAGAUGUGCUGGAAUUGGUUGAUGCCACGUCAUGGCCAAUGUCAGACGACGGAGCCCAAGGUGGCACAGAACCAGCCACCUCCGGCCCAACUUCAUCUGACGGUCUGGAUCCAGACAGCACUAAGGUGGUUGCUUCGGCUCCGGCUUCUUGUGCAGCGACAGCUAGCCGCUCACAAUGGCCAGGAAGUUGCAGCCCUCGGAAUGGCUGGGGAUGGAGGCCGAUGCGGUUCUCUGUGUCGUGUGCUGCCUCGCUUUGGGGCGGAGGUCGGCCUGCUGCGGCUGCGGUGGGAGCAGGUGUUCGAAGUUAUAUAAGCUCUACGACAGAGGAGAACACCUCCUCCUCCUCUACAACAACAGCUUGGCUGUCAUCUGGGCUCCGUCCUUUCACAGUUGCCCUUUGUCAGGAAGAAUCUGAAGAAGAAGAAGACGGAGUAGCUACGCCAGAGCUACUGGCCACUGCUGCUCCGUCGCCACUGUCUGGCCCCGGCGCCUCUCAUAAGUCAUUGCCGUUGUCCACCUCCUUACCCUCCUCCACCUUUUCUGGGGAUUCAACACUUUUUGCAAGAUCAUUGCUGGCGUCCCAAAGGUUGAUGGGCCAUUCUGAGUCGAAGACGAGGUCAGUGGGAUGCUUUGCGUUGCCCUCAUCCUCGCCUGAUGUUGCUGUGGCGGCAAUUGAAGAAGCCGUGCCGCGUGUCCCAUGCGUGCUGACAAUCGCAGGCUCUGACUCUGGGGCAGGAGCCGGGAUACAGGCAGAUCUCAAAGCUUGUGCAGCAUUGGGGGCUUUCUGCUCAACUGCAGUCACAGCCAUUACUGCACAAAACACCAUUGGAGUGCAGGGUAUUCAUCCAGUUCCAGCUUCUUUUGUUGGGGACCAGAUUGUGUCAGUUCUCACAGAUAUUAAAGCCGAUGUGGUGAAGACAGGGAUGCUCCUCAAUGGAGACGUUGUCCGUGCAGUGAGUGACACUCUAAGGAGACAUCAUCGUGGAGCUGUGGUUGUUGAUCCCGUCCUCGUGGCGACGAGCGGCGACAUGCUUGCGGAGGCCGACCUGCUCGAUGCUCUCAGGGGUAGAGGUCAUCUUGGAACCUCUUGCCCACAAGGAGGAUCACGAGGAGCAGGGGGAAAGCGGGUUGCAUUGAGACAAACUAUGCUUCAGGAAUGCGAGAGUAAACCAGGUGUCUGGUACAUCAAUUCCGCUCAGUACAGGGGAUGGAUAUUUGAUGACAACCUGGAAAGCCCAAGGURGGUGUGGGUGUUGAAAAAGGAUCCAACGGUAAAACCGGACAUCUAUCCGCCCUAUGRUAGCAGGUGGAGACACACUGGAGCUAAGAGAAUGGAGGACAAAGAAACGGGUUUUAUUGUUAAACCCAUGUUGGAUGAUGCGAUCAUGCARGAUGUCGAACARAGAUURAAACUCAUGGGAGAACUGCACGAGGUUGGAAAAAAUGCAGAAUUGGCUUUCUUGGAAAAUGCAGAGGCCAGAGCGCAGCAGCGGGUGCAGGCAAGAGUAGGGGAAGAGGGGUCAAAAGAAAUGGAGGAGGGUAAGGGAGACAACAUGGACUGUGAGGAAGGAGGAAGUAAAGGACCAGAGAGAGGGACUUCUUCCACAAAGAGGAAGGGAGAGUCAAAGGGGGAGGAUGGAUCUAAUACUCAAGAAAGAGGGCCGCAACUGGGGAAAAGGAGACAAAAGACCCAAUCAGGGGAGGGGGCUACUUCAGGGGAGGAUGAGGAGGAGAGUGGAACAAGUAAGGAAUCAUCAGGGAGUUCGGGGAAGGAGAGUGAGGGAGACACAAGCUCACAGAUUGUACAGGCAGAGGAGGACCAGAGGGAGAGCGCAGCGGACACAGUAAGCGAAGCUUCAUCAGAGGAAGAAGAAGAAGAGGAAGAAGAUGAGCAGGAAGACACAGAUGUGGAUGACUGGUCAAGGGAGCGAUGGAUAAAGGAGGUAGAGCAGCUGGAAUGGGGGAGGACGAUAGAGUGUGAAAUUAGACUGGCCCACCAUAAACACCUGAGGAACCUCCAACAAUCCACACAAGCAGGGGAGGAUAUCACAUCAGAGAACAGGUUCGAACUGCUAAGGAGGGAAGGAGAAAUCAACGAAUUCUAUGCAUCUCAGUACGCAAGUAAGACCCGCACAGUAAGGAAUGAGAUCCACAUAAAGCAGGAAGAAUAUGAGAGGAUAUUCCAAUGGCCAAAGACUUAUCACAGGAAGGAAAGGAAGAAGGACAGCAAGAAACGCAAGGCGCAAACGGUGGAGGAACAAAGCAGCGCAGCCGGUGGGGGAAAUGACUCAAUGGAGGAGGCAGCAAUGGAGGAGGAUCGAGAGAAGGGAGAGAGUGAAGAGGAAGAGGUACAGGAUUUGAGAAGGCAAGCUGCAAUAUUGGUGGUACGGGUAAACUUACUCAAGGACGAAAACAGGGAACUGGAGGACGACACAGUGAAUGUACAAAAAAUUGCAAAAGGCCACUGGAAGGAGAUUGAAGCUGCAGCCCGUUUGGAAGUUAAGAAUGGGACGAGGAGGAGAGUGGUCUUACCCUGUCGAUGGAAUGCAAGGCACUCGGACUGGGAGGUGGCAAUCAACCAGUCCUUACAGUUGUUAACGACCCYGUUGGAAGAGUGUUCAAGAUCGGAUCUUCAGAGAUUAAUAGKGGUUGAGGUACCAGAUCGGGCCUUUAUAUUGAGGGAGGGAGGAGAGGAACCGAUGACAAUAGGAGAGGAAGGAGAGGACGAGACAACAACUGAUUUCGGACCGCUACUAUUCCAAAUGGGGGCGGAAUCCGAACUGAGGGAGGGUUUGAUUUGGAUGCCUUGGCAGGUGGUGGAGACCAUUCCCUAUGGGCUGCUAGGGGGGGAACUAGGGGCGGAAUGGGUGGCGAGGUGCGCAACGGUUGCAGUGAAGGUGGAGGCGUUGGCUUGGAAGCCGAAUUUCUUCGAAAAGAGGGAAACACACCUACAAGAAUCUGUUGGGCACCAGAAAACGAAGUACCAGAUAGAGAAGAAACUGCAAAGAAUUAAAGCAGCAUGGUGGGCCCCAACAGCAAACAACCAUUCCACGAGAGUGGUUAUACUACAGAACAAAAGGGCGAAAGCGGCAGACAAGAUUAUCAUCACAGAAACAAGGGUGGAUGAGGAGGAGGGAAGAUGGGACAAGAUUGACUUCGAGCUGCAUGAGGAACCCUACACGCUACUGUCGGUUUACUGUCCUAACGGUUAUCAACAAAGAUUAGAUAUGAUCGAAAGGCUCAAGGAACUCCUGGAUGGGAAUAGGCACCUGAUCUUAGCAGGAGACUGGAAUGGCACCUUAGAUCCUAGCCUAGAUAGAAUCUCAGGGGGCUUUAGAUCACAGGAGGAGGGCUGGACAGAAGAGUCGCUACCGAUUCAUGGGCUAAUGACGAAUUUAGAACUGAUAGACCCUUAUAGGAAUGAGCUGAUUCCACUGGCAGAUAUCAUCACACCAAACCUUCCGGAAGCAUCUGCACUUCUUGGCGGGAGGAAAAUCGUUGAUGUUGCCGACAUGCGGGCAGCUGCUGAGGCAAUCUUUGGCCUUGGCUGCAAGAGCGUUUUGGUGAAAGGGGGGCAUCUCUCAACAACAAUUGCAAAUAGAGUUGAUGUAUUCUUUGAUGGGAAGGAAUGGCAUGAGCUUCGAGCACCGUCAAUCAGCACGAAGAACACACAUGGCACUGGCUGUACGCUGGCAUCAGCAAUUGCAGCUGGGUUGGCAAAGGGGCUUCCAAUUCUGGCAGCUGUGCAGGAAGCAAAGUCGUACAUAACGGAAGGUCUGAGCAGAAGUGUCUCGUUCCGUGUAGGGACUGGCCGUCAGGGACCAAUCAAUCACCUCUUUGCUCUGCCCGAGUGGUCGAGAUACGAGCAAUAUUCUGCAGUGAUGGAACCGAGUCCAGGGUCGCCUAGAGCACGGUUCAAGGCGGAUGAUUUAUUCCUCUAUGCUGUCACAAGCUUAGACAUGAACCAGAAAUGGGGAAGAUCCAUGGUCGAUGCCAUCUCAGGGGCAAUUGAAGGAGGUGCAACGUUCUUGCAGCUCAGGUUGAAGGAUUCUGACACCCGCGACUUUUUAAGGAUGGAAGCAGCAUACCAGAGCAUAGAGAAGACGGAACCGUUGAGCACCAGGGUUCGACCGAAGACAGACAUGUAGAUGCUGGACCAUGUGUCCACUUUCCGCAGCAUCUUGUUUUGUUUCUUAAAAAAGGAGGUCAGUUUUAACAGAUGUGUGUCCACCAUCAUUUCUCAAUUUGUGUGUGUCCUUCUUGUGAAGCGCCCAUUCUAGUCUUUCUCUGUAUCGUUCCAAUUUUAACAGAUGUCCCAAUUUCUCCCAAAGGACAAGGCCCAGUUUUGGUUCCUGUUUGAGGCUGUUUCUCUUUCCAAAUUUUUUUUUUUUUUUUUUUUUUUUAAAUCAGGUCCUUAUGGUCCCGUCUCCAUAUCCAUUCUGGGGAGCGUCAGUCCGGUUCCUUUCCACCGGCAAGUCGAGAAUGAAAUACAUGGUGAACA